AUGUCCAGCACCACCAAGGGAAAGAAGAGCGGUCGCUCCGCCAUCGCCGAUGUCGUGUCGCGCGAGUACACCAUCCACCUGCACAAGAGAGUGCACGGUGUGUCCUUCAAGAAGCGCGCCCCUCGCGCUGUCAAGGAGAUCCGCGCUUUCGCUACACAGGCUAUGGGCACCAAGGAUGUCCGUCUCGACCCUCAGUUGAACAAGAAGGUCUGGGAGGCCGGUAUCAAGGGCGUUCCCUUCCGCCUCCGUGUCCGCAUCAGCCGCAAGCGUAACGACGAGGAAGGCGCCAAGGAGAAGCUGUACAGCUACGUGCAGGCCGUCAACGUCAAGGAGCCCAAGGGAUUGAACACCACUGUUGUCGAGGAUGCUUAG